CCUAUGCAAACGCAUGUGGCACUGUUCCCAUCGUCACAAAUAGGAAAUAACAGACAAACAUUGUAACAGUAGAUGCUUCAUGAUUUCAUCCUUUUAAGUUUGUCCACAGCCAACAAUUACUUUGAUAUUGCAACGUAGCCUAUGACAGUGGACAUUUGAGAUACAUCGAUGUCGUUCUGAGUAGGCUAACAGUGUUAGAACAGUGUAAUGUGAUUCUAGCUAACCACAGCUCGUAGUAGUAGCCUACUACAACUAUUGUUAAACAGGCUACGAUGUGAACGGUUUUAUAUGUGUCUUCGGUCGAUCCGGUUCAUUUUGUUGCGAAUUCGGCAACCAUUUAACAGUGCUUAAGCUAGUCGACAACAGCGUGCAAACCUUUGUAUUAAGCCUACAUAAUUCAUUCCAAAUCUACACAUCACAUGCAUGAUGUCAAAUUCAAUCGAUAUACAGACUCAGUUAGCCUCUAUUAUGGAAGUCUUCGCCAAAUCAGCACUAGCUGAGAUGAGCAAAGUAAUCGACAACGACUCUUCUCUUUUACGGCAAGAGAUAUCCAGACGAGAAAGAGAGAUUGAGGCACUCUGGAGGCGACUGCAACUGACAGAAAAUGAGUUGAAAUCGGCUCGACAAGCUCAAGCACAAGAUAAAAAGUCUUCAGUCAACUUGCGUUCAGUUGGAAUCCAAGUGAAUAAUGGGGCGUCGCGUGAGCAAGUUGGCGUCUCCAGCUGGGCUGGUCCAGCUAUGACCGAGAGAGGCCCUGCAGCAGAGUGGAAAGAUGCGAUUGUGCAUUCAUUCUCUCUUGAGGUGGAUGUGGAGGAGGAGGAUGAUGAGGAAGAUGAAGAGCAAGGGCCUUUUCAGAUCAAAGAGGAGAAGUCUGAAGAGGAGCCAUGGAACAAGGCUGAUGGUGGUGCUGCAGUAGAUGGAGAAGACUGCUGGGAGGAGGAGGUAGACACGACAAACACACCUGGAGAAGAGGUCUUGGGUCAGCGUGCCCCUGCUGACCCGAAGCUCUACGGCACUUGGGAGGACUGCAGUGCUGACAGGGACACGGGCCUGACCGCAGACCACCCGCAGGAGGCCCCUCCUUCCUCGCUGCCCAUGCCCCACCUCCUUCAGCAGCCACACCCCCUGUCCCACCCCCCGCUGGCACACGUGCUCCAGCGAGACCAGCGCUGCCUCCUCUCCUCCCACCAUCAGGACCCUCCCCCUCCCAUCCCACCCCUCCCGCAUCGCCACUGUGAUGUCACCAGCGGUUACGGCCCAGCCGAGCACCCAUCUGCGUCCAUUGGCGUCGGUGCCGGUGGGGAACCCGUGGAGGGUCGUGACGGGGGCAAGAGGUCACGCUGCGGCCAGUGUGGCAAGACGUUCACCACGCACUUCUACCUGAAGAUUCACCAACGGAUCCACACAGGGGAGCGGCCCUUCACCUGUACGGCCUGCGGCAAGCGCUUCUACUGCACGUCGCACCUCAUCUCCCACCAGCGCUGCCACACUGGUGAGAAGCCCUACUGCUGCCUGGAAUGCGGCAAGGCCUACUCCCACCUGAACUCCCUCAAGUUGCACCAGCGCAGCCACGCCGAGGAGGGUGGCCUGGGCUACGCCUGAGGGCAAAUACCUGGCCUGGCAUCUGGCAUGGCAUGGCACGGCUCCAACUCCCCUGGUGAGGGUGGCCUGUAGAGAGAGAGGGUGGGGGCCUGUUUGGUAAGAGGCAUGUGGGGGGUAUCUUGGUAUGUGAUAUACCACUGGUUCAUUCUGAGGCCAUGCCCUAUGCUGUGCCCUUUUUCUUGGGUGAAUGGUGUGGGUAGUGGGGGAGAGUCACGAAGGACAUGGGCUUAGGGUAGGGUUGUGGGCUGUUUUUAUGUGUAACCAGCAGCCCCUAUACUGGUUACUGGUCGUCCGACACCAGCUGCCCCCAAAAUCCCCAACCCCCACGCCACAGUAAGAUGACCUCAAACUGAUGCACAAGACUGAAUGCGUCGAGUCAAAAUGGGGGUAAACAGCUGGGGCUCAGAACACUUUCAUUUUGUGUGUGUGUGUGUGAGAGAGAGAGAGAGAGAGAGAGAGAGAGACUAUGUGUAAACUGCAUGUUUGUAUAUGUGUGUGCAUGCUGUUAAUGUCUGUCAGACCAAGAGAGCACAACCACAGCAGUCCACUGCUAAAACAAGACAAGAAAGACACUUUGAAGCCUCCAACAUAUCUGAUGUACAGACCCUAACGGCUCAGAUAAGAUAGAGAUGACUGUCACUGUGGGACGACCCUGGACCAACAAGCCUUGAACACAAAAUUGAAUUUCUGUGGGUGUUGCAAGCUAAAGUGUCACAAGUGUUGACAUCCCCUGAAUGCCUGAGGUGUUACCAGAUGCUUUGUGCAUAAAUAUAAAGAAAAAGCUGUGCUUGCUGUCACAUUCAUUUAAUUGCACAAAAUGUUGAAUCAAAUAAAAGGGUUUUGUGUU